AUGACACCCGGGGGCAAUCCAAAUGACACCAGGGGCAGGGGGCGUCAGCGCAGGGACAGCGGGGGGGCCGGGUGGCAGCAGCCACCACCAGCCCCGUCCCCACGAGCGGGGCUGGCGCCUUGUCACAGCCUGUCACGUCUGCCAGCCCCGGUGGCAGGGAACAUCUGCUCGGCCGCCCCGCUGCCACGGCGCGUCAGGGUCGGGGGCGGCCGCCAGGAGCCCCGACCAGCGCCGCCGGGGCCGCUGCUCGCCCUGACACUGAUGGGAGACCCAGGACUCGGUUUCCCGGGAGGUAAAAAACCCCUUGACCCCUUCGCCCUGCCCGGGGGGUCGCUGCUCUCCAUCCCUGCUGCCCGGGACCCCCGGGACCCCGCACUGGCGGCGGGGGACGCUCCCCGGUGCUGCACCCCGGGCUGCGAGAACCGCCGGGACCGGGGAAGCGCCGGGAUAGACAGCGGAGGGUCGGGGGACAGCGGCGGGACAGACAGCGGGGGCCGAGAGCCUUGUCGGGACUCCCGGAGCAGCCCCCGCCCGGUGGGAACCCAGCGGGACCAGGAGACCGCGGGAUGCCCCAGUCCCGCUCCCGACUCCACACUGGGACGGGUCCCGACCUUUGGGGUCACUGGCAGCCCCGUGUCCUCUCAGGGUGCCAGCCCAGCCCAGCCGGGCCCCGCAGCCCCCCAGGGCUGGCGGCAGCACGAGGCUCCUCGGCGGGUGAAGAGGGCCUGGGUGAUCCCGCCCAUCAGCGUCUCGGAGAACCACAAGCGCAUCCCCCACCUCCUGGUGCAGAUCAAGUCAGACAAGCAGCAGCCUGGAGGGGUGAUCUACAGCAUCAAAGGGCCGGGGGUGGAUGAGGAGCCCCUGGGCAUCUUCUCCAUCGACAAGUUCAGCGGGAAGGUUUUCCUCAACGCCAUGCUGGACCGGGAGGAAAACGACCGCUACCGGCUCAGAGCCUUCGCACUGGACCUGGGCGGGGUCACCCUGGAGGACCCCACCGACCUGGAGAUCAUCGUGGUGGACCAGAAUGACAACCGGCCGCUGUUCCGGCAGGACGUGUUCACCGGGCGUGUGGUGGAGGGGGCAGAGCCAGGGACCUGCGUGCUGACGGUGGAUGCCACCGACGCCGACGACCCCGACACGGACAACGCGGCGCUGCGCUAUUCCAUCCUGGAGCAGGGCGCUGCGGGAAUGUUCAGCAUCAACGCCAGCACCGGGGAGAUCUGCACCGCACGGCCCGGCCUCGACCGCGAGACCAUGGGGGUGUACAACCUGACGGUGCAGGCGGCCGACAUGUCCGGGGACGGGCUGACCACCACGGCCAUGGCCGUCAUCUACGUGGAGGACAUCAACGACAACCCUCCCGAGUUCACCAAGGAGGAGUUCUCCAUGGAGGUGGAGGAGCAGGCGGUCGGUGCGGACGUGGGCAAGCUUUUUGUGCACGACAAGGACCUGGCGGGCUCGCCCAGCUGGUUGGCCAAAUUCACCAUCCUGGAGGGCGACCCCGAGGGCGCCUUCGCCAUCCGGACCGACCCGCACACCAACGACGGCGUGCUCUCCGUGGUCAAGCCGCUGGACCACGAGGUGCGGGAUCGCUUCGAGCUGACGGUGUCGGUGCAGAACGAGCGGCCGCUGGAGCCCUCGGCCCCCGCCAGCCCCCGGGCGCUGGCCACGGUGCGGGUGCGGGUGCGGGACGUCAACGAGGCUCCCGUGUUCCGCGAGAACCCGCGGCGCAUCAGCGUCCUGGAGGGGACACCCCCGGGCACCCCCAUCACCACCUACACCGCCAGCGACCCCGACACCCACCAGAUCCAGACCCUCAGCUACGCGCUGCUCUACGACCCCGCGGACUGGCUGCAGCUGGACCCUCACACGGGCACCGUGCGCACCAAGCGGGAGCUGCUGCACCCGUCCGCCUUCCUGCAGGGCGGCUGGUACAUCGCCCUGCUUCUCGCCCGCGACGAUGCCGAGCCCCCGCUCUCGGCCACCGGCACCCUCUCCAUCGAGAUCCUGGAGGUGAACGACCACGCUCCGCAGCUGCAGCCGCCGGCCGGGGUGCUCUGCGGGCGGCCGGGACGCGGGGGGACCCUCCUCCUGGGGGCUACCGACGAUGACCGGCCCCCCCAUGGAGCCCCCUUCCACUUCCAGCUCAGCCCCCAGCACCCCCAGCUCGCCCGCAACUGGAGCCUCGCCCGCUUCAAUGUGACCCACGCCGUGCUGGCCGUGCUGGCCGAGCUGCCCGAGGGGCCCUACUCGCUGCCGCUGCUGCUGCGGGACUCGGGGACGCCCCCGCGGGAGCAGCAGCAGCUGCUGAACGUCUCGGUGUGUCACUGCGGCCGGGACGGCACCUGCCUGGACGGGGCCCUGGCCGCGGCCACCGCCGGGGCCGGCAUCACCCUCGGGGCGCUCCUGAUCAUCCUGGGCAGCGCCAUCCUCCUCCUGGUGCUGGCGGCUCUGGGCGCUGCGCGGGUGCGCGGCCGCCGCCGGGCUCUGCGCAAGGGGCUCCUGCAGCGCUCUCGGGACGACAUGCGCGACAACAUCCUCAACUACGACGAGCAGGGCGGCGGCGAGGAGGACCAGGACGCCUACGACAUCAACCAGCUCCGGCACCCCGAGCUCUUCUGCCCCCGGGCCAAGCCCCCCCUGCGCAGGGACGCCCCGCUCAGCUCCGGGACCCCCAUGGCCCCCCGCAAGCUGCCCAGCAGCCCCUCGGACAUCGAGGAUUUCAUCAAUGAGGGGCUGGAGGCGGCUGACAGCGACCCCAGCGUGCCCCCCUAUGACACCGCCCUCAUCUACGACUACGAGGGCUCGGGCUCGGUCGCCAGCCCCCUCAGCUCCAUCGUGUCCAGCCUGACGGACGAGGACCAGGACUACGACUACCUGAGCGAGUGGGGGCCGCGCUUCCGCCGCCUGGCUGAUCUCUACGGGCACUAGCGGGGAUGGGGGGCGGGAGGGGCGCCCCUCUGCCCAGGGAGGGGCAGCUCCCACACAAACACCCGCACACGCAGAGGAGAUGCCCAGAGGCAGCGGCAUCACGCGCGGGCCCGCACGGGACGGAGCGGCUUUGUACACGCGUGUGCGGCGGCCGCACACUCACACCCGCAGAGCCCAGCGCAGCAAACCUUGGGGGGACGCCCGGGUGAGCCCCACACAGCCGGGGAGGGGGCGAGGAGACCCCCACAAUAAAGAGCGCGGGUUGGUGGCGGGGGCGUGUGACCCCCCCACACCAGCGGCCCGUAGAAACAAAGGCACUUUUAUUGGGAGCCGGCAGCACCCCCGGGGGGGCUUCACCCCCGCCCCAGGGCUCCCAGCACCGCUGCUCCUGGGGCAGGAUCCGGCCCCACCGCGGGGUGGGCGCUGCUCCCCCCAGCCCACCCGCAGCACGGGUCCUGCUGCUCCCAAAACAUCCCUGGGCGGGGGUCCCACCCUGCU